AUGUCUUCCCUCGAGGCCAAGAUCGUCGUCCUCGGCGCCCAGGGCGUGGGCAAGACCUCCCUCGUCAUGCGAUACUGCAAGGGCGCCUUCAACCCUGCCAAGGUCACGUCCACCGUCGGCGCCAGCUUCAUGACCAAGCGCGUCAUCGACUCCGACUCGGACACUGUCGUCCGCCUGCAGAUCUGGGAUACCGCCGGACAAGAGCGAUUCCGCUCCAUAUCACGUUUGUACUAUCGCGGCGCCAACGCCUGCAUCCUAUGCUACAGCAUCACCGACGCGCAGUCCUUCGAGGACAUGGGCGUCUGGCUCACCGAGCUGCGCCGCAACCUCCCCAGCGACGUCGUCCUCCACGUCGUAGGCACAAAGGCCGACAUCGUCGCCCGCGACCCCUCGGCCCGACAGGUGCCCUUUGAGCGCUGCAUCGCAUACGUCGCCGAGAACCUCGCCCCCGGCCUGGGCAGCACCCCGCCGCCCACCGCCACGCCGCUCGGCGCCCAGUCCUCGGCACUGUCCGGCGCCGUCGCUGUGGAGCCUCGUAGUCCGAGCUCCAAGCGCAGCUCCGGCUUCUGGGCUCAAGAGGUCGGCUGGGACGCGUGCCACGAGAUUAGCGCCGAGAGCGGCGAAGGUGUCGAGGAAGUGUUUCGCGUUGUCGCCCGCAAGCUCGUCGAGCAGGACCGCAAGAUGCAGCAGGCCCUCCUCGCCGCCAUGACGGGCCCCGGCACCCCGGGCUUCGAGGCCGGCAUGGACGGCGGUUACUUUGAAGGCGCCAAUGCUAGGGGCAGUUUCCGCGUUGGUCGCGACAGGCGCAGCUGGCUCUUCUCGCCGGCGUUCUCACCGGCCGUUACCAUCGACCAGUCUGGCGCCGCUCAGCAGGAGCAGACGCAGGCCGACUACACCAACAAAGAGCGACGCAAAUGCUGCUAG